GUGCAAAGUGUCACUAAACAUCAGCCACUAUGGAGCUGCUCUGCGCGCAGCUCGUCGCUCUGCUCCUGGGCGCCGUCUGCGCUUUGCCGCACGAUGGGAUCCACUGGACCUACACAGAGGGGGCUUUGGACCAGAUGCACUGGGCCACAAAGUACCCUGCCUGUGGCGGUAAGAAACAAUCUCCUAUUGACAUUCAGAGGAGAAGUGUGAGACACAACCCCGACAUGUUACAGCUGGAGCUGACAGGAUAUGAUGCUCAGAAAGGCAACUUUCUCAUGUCCAACAACGGGCACUCAGUUCAAAUUGACCUGCCUCCGACUAUGGUUAUCACUAAGGGGCUGCCAGGGAAGUACACAGCUGUGCAGAUGCACCUACACUGGGGUGGCUGGGACCUAGAAGCCAGUGGAGCUGAGCAUACCAUUGAUGGCAUUCGCUACAUGGCAGAGCUGCACGUGGUCCAUUACAACUCUGACAAGUACAAGAGCUUCACAGAGGCCCGAGAUAAGACGGAUGGCCUGGCAGUGCUGGCCUUUUUCUAUGAAGAUGGACAUUUUGAGAACACCUACUACAGUGACUUCAUCCACAACUUGGCCAAAAUAAAAUAUUAUGGUCAGUCCAUGAACAUCUCCAAUAUUGAUGUGCGCUCCAUGCUUCCUGAAAACCUGAACCACUUCUUCAGAUACCAGGGGUCCCUCACCACACCGCCCUGCUACGAGAGCAUCCUGUGGACUGUGUUUGACACUCCCAUCACCCUCUCACACAACCAGAUCCGUAAACUUGAAAGCACAUUGAUGGACAUAGAUAAUAAGACCCUGUGGAAUGACUACCGAAUCGCUCAGCCUCUCAACGACCGUGUGGUAGAAUCCUCCUUUCUCCCACGUCUCGGCAAAGGAUCAUUUUGUCGCCAAGAUGAAAUUGAGUCAAAACUUCUCAAGAUUGAGGGUUUGAUCACAUCUAUUGGGAAGCAAAUGAAUUCAGGAGGAAUGCGUGGGGCCCGACCCUCCAGGCAAGACUCUCGUGGCCUCUUUCCUUUGGUGUUGGACUUCCAGGAGAAGAACUAUGGUAGUUAUGCAUUAGCUCGCCUAUCCCAGCCCAUGGAUUUGGACCAGUUCACUGUCUGCAUGCAUGUCCGACCUGAAACUGAUGGGGUCCACACUGUCCUGUCCUACUCCAGCAACGGCCACGAAAACGAACUCAUGAUCUCCAUAGACAAUGAAGUAGGACUGUGGAUCGGCAAUGAGUUUAUCAACCUCCCUCAUAAUUACAGGGCUCGUGACUGGGUCAACUACUGCAUUACCUGGGCUUCCAACACGGGAGGGGCAGAGCUGUGGGUGAAUGGGAUGGUAGGAGAGCAGAGGUACCUUAAAACAGGGUACAAUGUAAGCCCAGGAGGAGUGCUCAUCCUAGGGAAAGAUCAGGAUGGGUUUCUGGGUAUCUCCAACUCAGAUGCCUUUGUGGGGAAGAUGACAGAUGUGAAUGUUUGGGACUAUGUGCUGUCCACAGCAGAUAUUCGAGACCAAAUGUCCUGUGAGAGAAACAGUACAAUGGUAGGCAAUGUGUUCAGCUGGGGCACUACUCCUCUGAGUCUGUAUGGAGGGGUGCAGUUGGAUUCUCAGUAUAGAUGUACAUAAGUGAAGUUUCAUUGUUUUGAGUGUUUAUUCUUAAAAUAUUCUUUUUGUGCCUUUUUUUCUGGUGAAACUGUCAAAACCAAUUUCUGUCCUACUCUAUGCAUAAAGCAUAAAAUUCAUCAGUUGAUAUUCAUAUUAUUGCGCAACUUUAAAUCUUACAUAUAUUUGACCUAUAUAAGCUUCUGAAAAGCUAUCUUUUCUACUAAAUAUGUACCUCAUAAUGCAAUGCUGUGUACUGUGCCUUCGUUUGUUAAUAAAGGUUUACCAAUACAUUA